AUGAAAAUUCGGGUGAAUAAUGCUGACAUCAAACAGACAGAAGAAUUUAAGUUUUUGGGAAGUGUAUUUACGGAAGAUGGUAAAAUGGACAGAGAAAUAAACAUCAGAUGGACCAAAGCAAAUCUGGUUUUAGAACAACUUUCGCCACUGUUGCAACUACCUGAUCUAACUGUACAGCAUGUUGCAGUACCCGAUCUAUCUGUACAGCAUGUUACAGUCCCCGAUCUAGCUCUACAGCAUGUUACAGUACCUGAUCUAGCUUUGCAGCAUGUCACAGUACCCGAUCUAGCUUUACAGCAUGUUACAGUCCCCGAUCUAGCUGUACAGCAUGUCACAGUCCCCGAUCUAGCUGUACAGCAUGUUACAGUACCCGAUCUAGCUGUACAGCAUGUCACAGUCCCCGAUCUAGCUGUGCAGCAUGUUACAGUACCUGAUCUAACUGUACAGCAUGUUACAAUACCUGAUCUAACUGUACAGCAUGUUACAGUACCUGAUCUAGCUGUACAGCAUGUUACAAUACCUGAUCUAACUGUACAGCAUGUCACAGUCCCCGAUCUAGCUGUACAGCAUGUUACAGUACCUGAUCUAACUGUACAGCAUGUUACAAUACCUGAUCUAACUGUACAGCAUGUUACAAUACCUGAUCUAACUGUACAGCAUGUUACAGUACCUGAUCUAGCUGUUGCUUAUUAA